CCAAAAACCAAAAAAUAUGUAUCUACCUCUAUGUAUGUAUAUAUAGUUUUUCCGUCAUUUCUUUUACGGCCCUCCCGAGUUGCAACGCCCCGGGGCGGGCUGCAGGCGGUCUCGGAGCGGGGUCCGGGCAGCGGUCGCGCAGCUUCAGCUUGCAAAAUAGUUUCACUUUAACCCUGGUUGUUAGCCGGCAGCCGCAUCAGUAGUUUUCCAGCUCGCUCCCUUUCGGGGAUGGAAGCGUCUGCGCGCAGCUUCCGCCUGGAGAGUCUCCUCGCCGUGGGAACGAGAAGGAGCUUUAGGGUGGCACCGUCCAAAUUCGUUUCUGGAGCCCGUUAGCCGUUUACAGGAGCUGAUCGUAUCCCGAAGGGGCCCUAAAGCGGAGGGAGCGUGCCAGGCGCAGGGAGCAGCGCAGGCAGCCCGCCAGGGAGCCGACAUGGAGCAGAAGAUCAGCUCUUUCUUUAAUUCCAUCUUGGACCUCAUCCGUACCAAGCACGAGGAAGGCGUCUUCAACACCGUCUGCCUGGCUGUGCUGAUGGGCCUGCCCUUCGUUGUCCUCAUUGCGUUCGUUUUCAUCUGCUGCCACUGCUGCUUCUGUAGCCGGAGGAGAAAAAGCAGCAAGAAAGGUGGCCCCAGCAGCAACGGGCAGCUCCACGCCGAGAAGAACAAGAAGAAAAAGAAGAAGAAGGACGAAGAGGACCUGUGGAUCUCGGCUCAGCCCAAGCUGCUCUUGCUGGACAAGAGGCCGUCGUUCCCAAUAUAGCAGACAGGAGGGUGGCAGGUCUUCCCGGCAGAGACCCCACCAGGCCGUUCAGCUAUGUGCUAUGAGGGGCAAGGAGAUGCCACAGCUGCUGCCCCUUUUAAUAGCGACUUUCAAAAGAGGAUGAACUCUAAAGCCAACCAGAGCGUUGAAGGCACUUGUUGAAGGCAAGGCAGUUGGGCACAUGUUUAUGCAAGCUUCUUUUCCCCCACCACGACAGCGUGCCCAAGGGCAGAAACCUAGGCGAAAGGACACGCGCGCACGUGGCCACACGCACUGCUGAGCACGCGACAGUGACCUGCCGCCGGGCCAUACGUACCCU